CAUUGGCCAGCUGAUGAUUGCAUUCGAGCCGCCAGUUAUUGUUGAGUCAGGAUAACCUGGAAAAUCAACCUAUUGAAAUGCACACCAGUGAUAAAUGAUAGGCUAGGUGUACGUCAGUUUCAUAUUCAGAAGUCGUGUGGUAAUUCUACUGUGGUCUAAUACUCAAGAGCAGGCUUUCCAAUGGUGAAAUGACACAGCUAGCCAUUUAGCCAAUGCUACGCUAGGUCAUAGGUUUUGCUGUUUUGUCAACGCUAUCAAAGAUAACUGUAGUGAUAUGAUCAGAAUAUCUACGCACCGACAUAUCUAGGAACAUAUAGAAACUGCAUUGUUCUCAGACGGAGGAUGCAUUUGGCAGAUUUCAUUGCCGGCUCCGUUGGAGGGGCCUUUGGGGUAGCUGUGGGCUAUCCAUUGGAUACGGUGAAGGUGAGAGUGCAGACACAACAGAGAUUCACAGGUGUCUGGCAUUGUAUCCUGUCCACCUGUAAAGAAGAAGGGAUCAGGGGCUUUUACAAAGGCAUGUCUAUGCCUGUUACCACGGUGUCCGUGAGCUCCUCGGUGGUUUUUGGUGUCUACAGAAACGUUCUACAGUGCCUGUGUCAGCUGCGAUAUGGCAGUCAAGAGGCACCCCCGGCCAAACUCGACAUCUUCCUGUCUGGGCUGGCCGGUGGCGUUGCUCAGGUAUCAGUGAUGGCUCCAGCUGACAUCGUAAAAGUACGACUUCAGUGUCAGACAGAACCAUACAAGGUCACAGACAAACAAUACAAGCCCAAGUACCGUGGACCCAUUCACUGCCUUUUCACCAUUGCCCGUGAGGAAGGUGUAUUGGGGCUCUACAAAGGAGCUGGAGCUCUGGCUCUACGUGAUGGGCCUUCCUUCGCCACCUAUUUCCUCACCUACAACACAAUCUGUGGUUGGUUGACUCCUGAGAAUCAGAGCCAACCAGAGUGGAAGGUGGUGCUGUUUGCUGGCGGGGUAUCAGGGAUGUGUGGCUGGUGCUUUGGGACCCCGAUGGACGUGAUCAAGGCUCGUCUGCAGAUGGACGGCAUGGGAGAGAGGAGAUACAGAGGCUUUUUCCACUGCAUCACGGUUAGCCUUCGUACCGAGGGACCAGGGGUCCUCUUCAAAGGCCUUGGGCUCAACUGUAUACGUGCCUUCCCUGUGAACAUGUCGGUGUUUGGUAUGUAUGAGCUGGUGGUGCACUUCUUACGCCCAGUCUCUUAAAAUGGCAGCAUCUUUAGGUGUAGUGUCAGGAAGUAAUAGUCCACUAGGUAUUUGGCUCUGCAUAUGCACUGCAGCAGAUUACUAGCCAAUUUUACUUUCAAGACUUCCUUCCUGCCUCGAAGAAUGAACUGUUUGGCAAUUCCAAGAAGGUGAUACAAAAUAAUGGACCUGGACUACCUCUCACCUUUAUGUGCCUAUAGUGGAUAUGGAUGCACCGAUAUAUAUCGGCCAAUAUUGGUAUCUUCCAAUAUCAGCCUUGUAGACUGAUAUCAGCUAUUGGCAAAUUUAAAUGACAUUUACUUAUUGCAGUGCCUGAUGUUUUUAUCUGUUAUGUUGCAUAAAUUCUGCAGUAGGCAAAUGUUAUGCUAAGGCCUGAAAGACUUGAAAAUGGUUGUUCUUUUUUUAAAUACCGGUAAAUAUUUUUGUUUCCACUCUGCUGAAGGGUAUAAACAACAAAAAAAACUAAGUAAACAAACAAAGAAAAAAAUAUCGGUAUUGGUAUUGGAUCUUGGGCAAAUUGUUAUUUUAUACAUCGGUAUCAAUAUUGGCCCAGAAUUUCACAGUUGGUGUGUCCCUAGUAGUGGAGACUUUGCAGUGACUACCUCAUCAUACAAUUUCACAUUUUUCUUAUUUUGUUUUAAUAUAUAGAAAAGAAAGGAUUAAUAAAGUUCUCAUUUUAAGUUUAUUUAACAUGAUUUCAUUCACUGUGAUUUUGAAUGCUCUGACACAUCAUUGUAUCAUGUUUUAUUAGUCUGCCUGCUGAUGUUUGAUGACCUCAGUGUGCUGCUAUAUCAUUAUCAUUCAUACUUGAUGUAACAGGAAUAUAUCUUGAACUGUACUUUAAUUUAAUUGCAGAAUGGUCCUCUAUACUGCACUGCAAUGGUUCUCAACUAGUAUGCCGUGAGGCAACACAGAUUCUUAAAGAAGCACUAUGCAGGUCUGGUUAUUCCUUCGCUGUUUCUGUGUUUUCGCCGGAUUUGGGGUCGCUACACACUACACAGCUCCCUCUGCAG